UUUGAAUUUUUGGUUCUUAACAAAGACAACUUAACAAUUUUGACGAAUAAACAAGACGAACAAACCAUCUUAACGACUUUUUUUUUUAUCGUUAUAAACUAGCAAACAUGUUCGGAUUUGACGACGCUAAGAACGCCCGCGACGAGGUCUACGACGGCCAGCCUCACGAGUCGAAGCUGUCCCACGAGUUCAUAGGUGGUGCUGCCUCCUUCGAGGCCAUGAAGCUCUUCGAGGACCGUCAACGCAAAGAAGGCAAGGCAGUCGACCACGCCUUCGCGAAGGAACUCCUUGCCGGCAUCGCAGGCGCCGAGGUCGACAAGCUCAUCGAGACGAAGGGUCUGGACUUUGUAGACCGCGAGAAGGCCAAGCACCACGCUAAGAGGCAAGCCGAGGAGUUGUAUGACCAGCAGUACGGCGGCCAGGACCAGUAUGACCCUAACAACAGCAGCCGCCACCCCUCGAUGGACUACUAGAUCUGAGAAUUCUAUCUCGGUUCGUGUGCGGGCACUGGGAAUCGGUAGCUAGAUGGUAGCUAUGAAUGAAUGAAUGAAUGGAAUGAAAUCAAUAUGAAUAAAAGACUUGCCGAGUAGUUGUGAUGAGAUGAAAGGUAUGUUUAUCUGCGCAAAGGUGAUUGAGCGUAAGGAGUGCUGUAGUCUUCGCUCAUGAUAAGUGUUUUUAUUCUAGAAUUGUUCUAUUUACCUUAGAUACCUAGAGUAGCUCCCUGCUAGAGUAACGACUAGUUUCUGAUCAAGCAAGGAAUUGCCGAAAUUUUUAUUUUAUUUCAACAGCUAUGCCC